AUGACCGAUAUUUUAACUAAGAUUCACGAUGACAUCUUAAAUGAUAAUGCUUCUACUAAAAUCCCUGAAUCAACUUAUGAUAAAAUCAUUAAAGAAACUUAUGAAGCAAUUGAAGUUGAUUAUGUGGAAUUUGACCCUGAAAAGCAUUUACAAUAUUAUACUGAUCCAAUGUUGAAGCACAAAUUUGAAAAAACUAGAAGAUUGACCUUGGAAGAAUUAGGUUUAAGUUCUCCAGAACAAAUUAGUCACAUUGGUGUUAGUGACCCCUUCCCUUUAUUUACAGCUGAAGCUAUUCAAAUUAUGAAACAAGAAAUCUUGAAAAAAGAAACUUUCUUGAAAUAUGCUAGAUAUACUUAUAAUUCUUCAGGUAAGGAUGUUUGUAUUAGAGGGCAUUCUAAAGAUAAUGCAUUCACACACGCCGCUUGGACUCAUCCAAAAACUAUGGAAUUGGUUAGUCUCAUGGCCGGUAUUGAUUUAGAAGUUGUGUUUGAUUAUGAAAUUGCUCAUACUAAUGUGUCUAUGAAAGAAAAGGAUCAAGUUGAAAAGGAAUUAGAAAACUAUAAACCAAAAAGUAUUGAAGAAGAUUGUGCUGUUGGUUGGCAUUUUGACAGUUACCCAUUCGUUUGUGUUUUAAUGUUAAGUGAUACUACUAAUAUGAUUGGAGGUGAAACUAGUUUAAGAAUGGGCAAAGGUAAUGAAGGUAAGAUUGUUGCUGUUCCAGGUCCAGUUUCCGGAAGUGCUUGUGUCUUACAAGGAAGAUUAGUCGAACAUAUUGCUCCAAACCCGGUUGGUGUUAAUGAACGUAUAACAAUGGUUACAAGUUAUAGAGCUAAAAAUCCUAAAAAACCUGAUACUUCGGUUUUAAGCACUGUUAAACCAGAAUUAAACUUUGGUUCAAGAUAUACUGAUUUCUACAAGGAUUGGGUCAAUUAUAGAAGUGAUUUAGUUAUUGAAAACUUGAACUUAAUCAAAAAGGAAAUGAAUGAAAACUUUGAUAAGCAAAAAAUUAUGGAUGAAUUAAAAGCUUUGGAGAGUUAUAUUGGUAAAACUUACAAAGAAAUGAGUGUUAGUAAAGAAGAAUGGGAAGGGAUCAAAGAAAAUUAUAAAAGGUUCAUUUAA